GUAGAUGUCCUUGGAGGGUAAUAUGAGUGACUUGAAGCCCAAGCUUGCCUUCUCAUUUCUUCAACGCAGAAAGCAAUUGAUUCGUAACCCUAAAGUUACAUCUUUGGAUACAAAUAAUGGCGAAAACAUCAUUAAAGGCAAUAAGGAAUUCAUCACAUCGAUUGAAGAUAAAAUAAUCUGUUCAACUGCAAAAAAAGAUGAGGAACUCAUCAUACCGUUGAAGCGCAGUAAAAGCAGCUUCCACGAGCGAAUGAAAAAGAAUUUCUUGCCAGCUGAAUCCCUGGACCCUCUUACACUUCAGGCUUUGCAAGAAAUUAAAGAAGAGAGUCAAGCAUUUUCAAGUAGUUCACACAAUUUUCAUGUAAAUUAUGAUCUUAAAAUACCUGCCAAUAGUUCUGAAACCGCCGAGGAAACUGAGAAUGCAAACUAUGAUGCUAUCCCUAUCGAAAAGUUUGGUGUAGCUCUCUUGGCUGGAAUGGGUUUUGACCCAAAAUCUCUUGACAGCUCUAAGAAAGAGGUUGUACUACCUCAGCGACCAAAGGGACUCGGGCUAGGCGCAAACCCAACUGCAGUUCAAGAUGCUAAACAAGAAUUGCUGAAAUCUAAAGUAGAAAAACUGACAUGGAAUCCCGGAGCGCGUUGCCAGAUUUUAUUAGGAAAGAACAAGGGUCUUUAUGGCACGUUAGAAGGACUGGAUGGAGACACUGGUCGUGUGAUUAUUAAAUUAAAAGUUUCGAAAGAAGUAGUCACGGUACUUCAACACACUGUCCGUUUGGUUCCUAUCAAAGAAUUUGCUGCGUACUCGAAUUGUAUAAACCAAAAUCAAGUUGAUGAAUACAAAGCACGUGAAGCAGAACAGUUAUCACUGAAAUCCAAUCAUAAUUCCGACUCUGACCCGUUGAGAUCAAAAUCGACUAGAUCUGAACAAUCGACACAUAGUGACUCAAUUCGUAAAACGUCAAAGAUCUCUGGAGAGGAUAAACCACUAAAUUUGUAUCUUUGUUGAUAUUGUAUUAUGAUUAUUCAAAUUUUAACCACGGUCAGUGUUACUGUUGGUGAGGAAAACUAUUUGACGACAAAAGGGACUAAUUGGUUUGUUGGGAAACAUCAUAUGUAAAACAACCAAAUAAGUUUAUUUCUUUGAAACCACGAACGGAUCUUAGCUGGAAGUGCUGAACGGCCGUUUCGUCCUAGCAUGGGACUCCUUGGUAGUGAUCAUCCAUUAUCCCAAUCGUGAGAAUCCAACCUAGGACCUUAGGUCUCGCGCGCGGACGCUAAACAUAUAGUUCAUGCUUGUUUAAAAUUUUUGUUUUACUGUUGUAUAGCGGCUUGUGUACCAUUCAUUGGUAGUUCAGUUUAGCUUGGUAACGAAAUACGGGUUCAUUUGCUUGGCUUUGAACCACACUUUACUCAUCUGUAGGGGCUCCUGAUACUGCUGUCCAGUUGAAGAAAGAUUUUGACGGAAUGAAUUUGAAAUUCGCUAUCAGUGGUUUAUAUUUAACCUACAGACAGCUGGCAAAAAAUUUAAACACUUAUAUCAUAGUUUUUACCGAUAAUUUUAAUUCUGGAAGUGAACAGUAGUUUGGUUUAUUUUUCUGAGAGGAAGACAAACUUGUUAGCUGCUAUGUUAUCUGAAAAUACUUUUCCUAUGAGAUACAAUUAUAUAUAUAUAAUUAUGUUACUUAUGAGUAGCUAUCAUUCUAUUGUUCAAUUUUCUUGUCAUUGUUUUAUUCUUUGAGAAGACAGUGAAAUGGGUCUGCGCCAUCGCAAUCGAUUCUGAACCAUGUCAUCCAACAUAUCCAAUGAUAAUAGCGAUGGCUCCAACCUGAGAUUUUAAACCUACCAACAUAGUUCAAUCAACAAGUUAAUGACUUCAUAGAUCUUGAUUAAUUUGUAGUUAACAAUGAACCACUUAAAUAUAAUUAUAUGUAUUCCGGAAACCUAAAAAGCAUUUUCUGACAUCAUUCCAGCGAUUCUAAAUCCUACCUGGUCACUUAAAUAUCAAUAUAUAUUAUUACUACUUUCAUACAAUUGAUGUAAUUCAUAGCAUGAUACGCAAGUCUGUGUGUAGUGAGUUGUACAUAAUCCAAAUGACGUUUUUGUAAUAUACAACUAGAAAUCUCCAUAUCACUUUACUGAAGAUAAUUUCUUAUUAACAGGUGCGUUUCUUAUAGUAACCGUAAAGUGACUAUGAGAACAAUAGUAUGAAAAUUAUAUAGGGUGAUGAGGUUGUGUUGUAUAUUGUGAAAUAUAACUGAUUAGUAACUUAUUUUAACGUUUAAUAAUCAUCGAUACGAUUAUUUCGACUGCUUUUAUUUUGCAUUUUAUGAACUUCGUUUCAUUGUGGUGACAUGAGGUUUAGAAACUUGGGCUGAUGUACAUUUUUACCAGGUGUUGUGUUGUUCUUAAUCAACUGAUUGCUGCUGUUUAAUCAGCUGGUUAUUAUCAUUGACCCCCAAAUGUCCUGGUAUUGCCGAGAGUGGGGGGAGUUAGCUCUCCCUCUCAAAAUGCUCUCAUAUAGCCACGUGCAUAAAACCACUGCCAAGGAAGUCCUGCUCACUGCUUUCUCGCGGUGGGGGUGUUGUUUACGAAACUGAGAGGACGAAAGGCGAAUGACCGGCACUUUAACCGGGUUGGUGGACACGGAGAGUCCACCUCAGGGAGUUGGAAAACUCUGAUUCCAAACUAAUGUUGCACAUGAGCUCCAGUA